AUGUCAACAAUACCGGCUGGCAGCAUCCAGUCGGGCAACCCGCCCAUCCUUCCCCUCGAUUUCAACGCAAACCAGCCGCCCAAGGUCCGGGUCUAUCCCUUCUCCAACUACACCUUUGGCGUCAAGGAGACACAGCCCGAGGAGGACCCUUCCGUCAUUGCGAGGUUAAAGCGCCUCGAGGAGCACUUCGCCGAGCAUGGCAUGCGCCGCACGUGCGAGGGCAUUCUCGUCUGCCACGAGCAUAACCAGCCACACAUUCUUAUGCUGCAAAUCGCAAACGCCUUCUUUAAGCUACCCGGCGAUUAUCUGCGGCCAGAGGAUGGGGAGAUUCAGGGGUUCAAGACGCGUCUCGACGAGCGCCUAGCACCCGUCGGCCGCCUCGGCGAGGACGAAAAAGACGGCGAGUGGGAGAUUGGCGAGUGUCUGUCGCAAUGGUGGCGGCCCAACUUUGAGACCUUUAUGUACCCUUUUGUGCCUGCUCACGUCACACGGCCUAAGGAGUGCAAAAAGAUCUACCUCAUUCACCUGCCCAAGAAUAAGGUGCUUAGCGUGCCCAAGAAUAUGAAACUGCUCGCUGUACCUUUAUUCGAGCUCUACGAGAACAGCGGCCGAUACGGACCCCAGCUUUCUGCGAUCCCCCACAUUCUGAGCCGCUACAAUUUUGAAUUUGUCGACGAGGAUGGCAAGGUUGUCAAGGUCACACCCGGAGACGGUCCCAAGGCCGGAGACCAGCCGCCUAAGACUAAGGUCCUUGUUGGCGACGACACAGACAUGAAAGAGGAAAAUGGGACAAAUUAA